AUGCGUUUCUCUACCAUCACCUCCCUGGCCUUGUCCAGCAUCAUGGGCGCCUCUGCUCUCACCAUCCCACCCAUGACCAAGCGACAGGCAACCGACAUUGACCCAGUCAUUCUGCAAUACGCCUUGACUCUUGAGCACCUCGAGAAUGCUUUCUACAAGGAAGCCCUUUCUAAGUGGGAUCAAGAAGCUUUCACCAAUGCCGGCUUCUCCGCAGACUUCUACGACCAAUUGAAGUACAUUGCGCACGAUGAGGAGGGACACGUUCUCUACCUUGAGGCUGGUCUCACUGCCGCCGGUGCACAGCCAGUCGAAGCUUGUACCUACGCUUUCCCCAUGACCGACCCCAAAUCAUUCGUCGCUCUUGCCUCAGUCAUCGAGGGUGUUGGUGUUUCCGCAUACCUUGGUGCUGCCGCCGACAUUACCUCAAAGGCAUACCUGACUGCAGCUGGCAGUAUUCUUGUCACCGAAGCUCUCCACCAAUCUGCUCAGCGUAAUGCAAUUGGCGAGAUCCCAAUGGCAAACGUAUUCGGUACUCCCAUGGGCCUCAACGCUGUCUACACCAUUGCCAGUGGUUUCAUCACUGCUUGCCCAUCCACCAACGUAGCUCUGCCAGUCAAAGCAUACCCAUCCCUGACUCUCGUUGGUGGUCAGCCCACGUCCAUUGUUGCCUCAAUCCAGCUCACGCCAAAGACCGUGCCCACUGGCACAUUCUAUGCCACCUUUGUCUCCGGAUUGGACAUUGUUGCCGUCGAUGUCACUGUCGCUAAUGGCGUGGUUACUGCCCCUGUACCAUCCUCAGCCUCUGGUCAGAGUUACGUCUUCUUGACAAGUGACAACUCUGGCAAUGUCACUGACUCUUUCAUCCUUGCUGGUCCCACUAUUGUCGAGAUUACUCCCAGCUCCCCAACAUUCAACCUCACCGUCACCUAG